UCCAUGGGGGCGUCGUCCUCGAACCACGCCGAGGCGGCGGGAGGCUCGCAGUCCUUGCCCCAUGACCUUGGUGAGCUCUUGCACAAGGGGACGGGAUCGGACGUCACGCUUGUUGUGUCCGGCGAGUCCUUCGCAGCGCACAAGGCCAUACUUGCGUCGAGGUCCCCGGUUUUCAUGGCCGAGUUCUUUGGCCACAUGAAGGAGAAGCUCUUGCAGCGUGUGGAGAUCAAGGACAUGGAGGCGGCGGUAUUCAGAGCCAUGCUUAGUUUCAUCUACACCGACUCGGUGCCCGAACCUGGCCGGCAGGAGGACGGCAUCAUCAUCGCGCAGCACCUGCUUGUGGCUGCAGACAGGUAUGGACUUGACAGGCUCAAAUCGAUGUGCGAAGACGAGCUCUGCAAUGGCCUCAGCGUGGAGACAGCAGCGACAACUCUGGCGCUGGCAGAGCAGCACGGUUGCUCGCGGCUCAAGGAUGGGUGUGUCGAGCACAUCGCUGCAAACCUUGAUGCCGUCAUGGCGACCGAGGGUUACAAGCAUCUCAUGGCAAGCUUCCCAUCGGUUAUGAAUGACCUCCUCAGGGCUGUGCGUGCAAAAAAGAACUGAAGCACCUAGGCGAUCAAUAGUCCCAAUAUUUGGUACCAGUACUACUAUAUACUAUUCAGUUGUAUUAUCCCCUCUGCGUCAAUAUCUAUGCUACUGGUCAGCUUGAAUUAUCGCAUUGAAAUUCUCCUUUUUCUCGUUGAGGUCAGCUGUUUGUUCUUUUGAGAGAUCGGCGUGAUAUCUAGAGGGUUGAGCAUAAUCUGAAUCCU